GUGUCUGUGUAGCUGGAUAUGGACAGUCUGGUGGGAACGAGAUCCUGCAGCUGCUCCCACCGCCAACGCUGCAGGUGAAGGAGACCCAGGGCUUGUGUCCAGAGAGAGAUUUCAAGGUGGAAUGUGGUGGAUUUUCAAACCGCCCAGUGUACAGCCUGAAACAUGUGCCAGACACCAGCUUACUGGUGACGAGUGGCCCACCAGACAGCUCCCUCCAGGUCUGGCAGGUGUCAGCAGAGGACUCUGAUGUUAUUAAAUCUGUAAGUGCCAUACCUACAGAAAAUGGCACUGGGCAACCUUGGGCUAAAAUUGCAACCAUUUCGGCCAGAGCCCCGUGGGUCCUUCAUGGCUCAAGACUCAGCAGCGUCCAAAUUACAGAGGUUGAAUCAAGGAAAAACGUCUACAUGGCAGCCUCCAGAAACAGCGAGGAGCUCAGCGGCCUGGCGUUCCUGGAUUGCAACGUGUUGCUCCUCUGCUGCGCCCAGGGGCAGCUGUGCCUGGCUGACGUUCGGCAGCCGCACAGUCCCUUGGGGGCUGGGGCGUGCGUGCGCCAGCCGCAGAGUCCCUUGGAGGCUGUGUCCGUCCCCUCGGCGCCGUGUGGCGAGCGGUGGUGCAUGGGAGUCGGGCGCGGACCUCAAGGCUCUGACUCAAGCUCCCAGCCCGUAGCUCUCCUCUCGAGCGGAGGGCAUCUCACCCUGACAGACCUAAGGAAAACCUCAGAGUUCUUGGCCUCAGCAAAGUGCAGAGUUCCUUCUCCCAGCUUGGGUGUGGAGUUCCUGUGCGUCUCCUGGGCUCCUGCUCUGGAAGGCUGCCUUGCUGUUUCAG